AGCGGCUCUCCGUUCGGCGGGGCCCGUCUCGCCCGGCCCUGGCCGCGGGCCGCCGCGGAGCCCUCCCGCGCCCAAACUUUGCAAAGUCUGCUCGCUCCGCUGCUGGGGCGGCGGCGGCGGCUACGGCAGCAGCGGGCGGGGGCGGCGGCGGGGGAGGCGGGGGAGGAGGGGGCGGGCCGCGGGCCGGCGGCGGCGGCAGCAGCAUCAAAGAGCCUCGAUUCCUGCUGCCCUGGGAGCCAUGCGCUGCGGUCUGUAAUGUCAGCGGAACAGGAGAAGGACCCCAUCGCGCUGAAGAGAUCCCGAGGUGGUGACAGUGGAUUGGAUGGGUUAGGAGGACCAGGAGUACAACUUGGGAGCCCUGAUAAGAAAAAACGCAAAGCAAAUACACAGGGAUCAUCAUUUCCUCCUCCAUCUGAAUAUGCUCCACCGCCGAAUCCAAGCUCUGACCACCUUAUAGCUGCAAAUCCUUUUGAUGACAACUAUAAUACUGUGUCUUAUAAACCACUUCCUUCAGGAAAUCCAUAUUUUAGUAAUCCUGGUUAUCCUGGCUUUGGAGGCUAUAACACUUUCAGAAUGCCACCUCACAUGCUGCCCAGAGUGUCCUCACCAUAUGGUGGUUCUUACUCCCUCAGAAACCAGCCACAUCCCCUUCCUCAAAACCCAGUGGGAAUGGGUUUUAGUCGGCCCCACUCUUUCAGCUUUGGUCCACAUGAUAACCCAGGUUUUGGGAAUCAACCACCUUAUAGUAGUGGUCAGAUAAAUCAAAAUGUCAGUAUGCCUGGUCAGCAUUUCAGACCGAAUCCUGGUGAGAACUUUGGCCAUUCUGGUCAGAUACCUCACCCUGAUGUGCCAUCUAACUUUGGUCCUGGAAACAAUCCAAAUUUCCCAAAUUCUCAGCUAGAGUCAAACCAUUCUUUUGUUCCUCCACCAAACACGUACAACCAAACAAAAUCAUCAGCACAAAAGCAAGACUUUAGUCAAGGUGCAAGCAAAGCAUCCAACCAGAACACUACUGCUCAUCAGCAUCAUCACAGGCCAGAGGACAUUGUGAGUCAAGGUAACAGUGACCUAAAAAAUGUUACUCGAAACAACGUGGUAAACCAGGAUAAUAGCCAUCCUAAUAGUGCUGAUAACACUAAUGCUGGUCACUCAAAUGGGACUCAGAGUAAGUCCCGCCAGCCUCGAGGUGCUGCUGAAGCAUGCAACUCUGAAAAGAGCAGCAAAACGCCCCUUCAUCCCAGUCGUCAUGGUCACUCAUCCUCUGAACCUGUCUAUCCGUGUGGAAUUUGUACACAUGAAGUCAACGAUGACCAGGAUGCCAUCCUGUGUGAAGCCUCUUGUCAAAAAUGGUUUCAUCGGAUCUGUACAGGUAUGACUGAGUCAGCUUAUGGCCUUCUUACAGCAGAAGCAUCAGCAGUAUGGGGUUGUGAUACUUGUAUGGCUGACAAAGAUGUCCAGUUAAUGCGUACAAGAGAGACUGCAGGGCCACCUGCACUGAACACGGAUGGCUAACAGCGUGAAUUGGUGGUAGUGGUUGAAAUACUUGCUGUGAAGAUUUGGUUGUAAAUUGGGUACUUCACUUUCUGCAGACAAUCAGUUGUGUUUAAUUGCUGUCAUCUUACCUGUUUUCAUUUUUAAAAUUCCAUCUCAGCUUUUGUACUCUUAGUUUUGUGUGUGCAAAUGUUUUACAGGAUGGAUUUUUUGUUUUGUUUCUGAUUAAACUGUAAAGUAUAACUGACAACUGAUCAUAAGUAGGAUGUGCAUUGACAGUUUUAUUGAAGGCAAAAGUGCUUUCAUGAAUAGCCCCUAAUUUGCUAGUGUUAAUGUGUUAUCUAGCACUGGCAUUUAGUGCUCGGUUUUAAUGGUACUAUAUUUGCAAGUACUCAUUACAUUUUAUUUUUGGGGGGUGAAUGUCCAUUACAGACGUUCUCGCUGUCCUUCUUUGAAUACAGUGGAGAUGACAUGGAGGAAUGUGCAGUAUUAACAGUUUUUGGUUUGGGGUAAAUACAGAGAUUUUCACAUCUGCUUUUUCCUAUUUUUGAAGUAACAUGGUAUUCAAAAACUGAUGACUUCAUGCUUAGUAACAUGAGGAAACCUGCUAACUCUCUAAUACAAAGGCAUUUAUAUUUCCUUGAAAAGUCCAUUGUUUCUUUCACUUCUCAGCAAAUGCUUGCUGAAGACUCUUGCUGGGUCUUGCAGUAUUUGGAAAUAGUUACAGAAUAUGAUGAGUACAUUGGAAAAAGAACACAUCAAGUUUAUGAAGUCCAGUGCUUUAAAUAUAGAGAAUACCAAAACUAGGGUUGCAUAUGUAACCUUGAUUAAUUUCUCUUAAGCACAUACAUUAGGAUACAGUCUCUGCAUCUGUCACGGUUGUGCAAUCAUGCAUUUCUCUCAUCCUUUCUUGUUCAUGGUUCUACUCUGCCUCAGUGCUGGCUGAGAAUUGUGAAUGAACUAGCGCAGGGAAAGCCCAACUCAGCUUAAAGGACUUUCAGCUAGUGUCUGCUCAGUCACCCUGGGCUUACACAGUCCACUUGACAUAAAGGAGCGUGCAAGGCAGUGGAGUGUGCUGAGCACAGGCUCUGCAUUAAAAGGUAAUGUGGCCAGCAAAGUAAAACAAUUCCUGCCACUGCCUCAGCCAGUCUUGCUGUGGGGUGGUGAGGAAAAAUAAAGCUUUUGCAUUAGGUGAGUUUACGUUGUGUCAGGAGCAGGUAAUCAGAGGUUUAGCUUCUUUGCUAAACUUUAUAUUCUGCUGACAAGUAUGAAUGGCACUAGAGCUUCAUGUGUGAUACUAACAAUUAUAUUUUAAUAUGGGUAAUUUGAUUUUAUUCUUGAUCUCAAAACCCUUUUUUUUUUGUUUUUCAUGUGGGGAAGCAUCUAGCCUUGAAUAUUUCAGCCUUAGCAGUGUGAUACAGCUGCAUAUGCAACUGAAAAUCAAUGUUUCUGUAGAGAUAAGUGUUAUUUUAACUUAAUAAAAGCUGGCACUGUAAUUACAGACUCUGCUUAUAAUACCCCUGUGCUGGAAACUUUUUAAAGAGUCAGCAGUUAAUUCAUAUGUCAGGCACUACAGGUAUUAGUCAUGUUCCUUAAUGUGAUAAAUUGUUCAGGUUUGUGGUGAUGAGUGAUGUAGGAGCCUCUGUAGAAUAGUCAUCUGUACAAAGAGGUAGGUUUUAUGGUAAGCUAUGCUAAUGAGUGAAAAGUGAGGCCUGUUUCGUAGUUCACCAUUGUGUUUGAUUUUUAAAUGGGCUCUACUGUCAUAGUUUCCUAGAACAUACUGUGCAGAUCCACAUAACUGUCAUUGUUUUACUUUUAAAGUGAAAAGUUUUAUAUACUCUUUUACCAGAGAAGUGCAGAUUUCCCUCCUUUUCUGUCUUGCCUCUCAUUAGGAAAAAGGCAAUGUCUCAAGUGUAAACGACAGAAUUCAUACCUUGAAGAUUUCCUGUAUAGAGAUGUAAAGAAAGCGUAAGGCAGACCCAGGGUUCCUGCUUUCAUCACCAUUUGCUUUAUUUAGUACAGAGACUAAAUUUUGUUGUUACAGGUGGGAUAUUUAAAAACAAACAACAAAAACCCAACAAACAUCUACAAGCAACGAUACAACCUCUGUUAGGUUUAUUCUUCAGUAGCUUUCCUAAUGACUGACUGACUGUUAGAAUUUACUUUUUGUACCUACAGUAGAUACUAAACCAAACCUUGUUUAGAUAAAUUUGUUCCUCUGGGACUCAAUUUAAUCUCUGCAAAAAAUUGCACUCUGAAGAGAGUGGAGCUGGUUUAGACCUACAGCAAUGUAAAUGAAAUAAAAGCAUUGCACUCAGUGAAAAUUCAACACAAGCUCCAAUGAUGCUGUUGUUACCCAAGCGUGCUGUUCGCAAUACCUUCCCCUCUCCCAUACCCCAUUCCUGUUGUGGGAAGGUGUUUGGAGCAUUUGUUCUCAGAAGUCCAAUUAAUGUUGUGACAGUUUUGGAGCAGACAUUGUGUUUAAAAUAACCAUGUAUUUCUUAAUCUCUUCCUGAACCCUACACGGUUAGGCAAGUGUUUCCUGUGGUAGGUAGCAAGACAUUGGAAUUUAAAUGUAAUGUUCUGACAAACUUAAAAUCAACUGGAAUAUCAUCUUAAAAGGCCUUAAAUUGUGUAUUUGUGAAACUUAUUCUAACAAUUUAUUUCAGUUUUUCUGAACUGGUAUUAUGUUGGGUUUGUAACCCAGUAAAUUUUCUGUGUUUAUUAACCUGUAAAUACAAAGCAUUAGCAAAUGCCAGUUACACAAAAUAAAAACAAAUGAAAAACAAACCCAAACUUGUUACUACACUGAUGACAGAGAUAUGACUGAUGAGGAUCUCUGAAAGUCAUCCAGCCAAUAUGCUUGCCCUACUGAUGUGUGCUUGGCAUACCUGGACUCUGUCUAGAGAGAGGAUUAUACUUUGUUUCUCUCUGCAUGUAUUUACUAGUAGUAGUUCAAGUAUGCACAAGAAAAACAACAAUCAUGUUUUGUUAGUAAGGUACUAGGAAAACGUCAGCUGGUUAGAAUUAGAAACUAGUUAUAGAAGGGUGGGUGGGAGGGAGGGUGGAUUAGAAUAGGUGAGUUUUUUUGUAAUACUCUACAUGAAACAAUUUUUAUUGAACUAUCGUGCUUCUUUCAUUACUGGUGAUUUAGACUGUACUGGUGCUGCACACCAAAAAUAUUGCAACGAUUUUGUAAAUCUUACAAACCUUAAAAGUUGUAUGGGAAAUGCCUGUGUCCUUUUGAACAGCUUCUUGUCAUGGUCAGAAACGAGCCCGUAUUGCCUAAAAAGUUCUCCCCUCCCUCAGGCUGAAAUGAAUAGAUACAAACUGUCCUCAAUACUUAGGGUUUGUUUUUUUCCAGAGACCAAUUUUAAAUGAGAAAAUAAGUAAUUUGCUCUUUAAAAUACUUGUUUUAUUGUUGCCAGGGUAAGUGACAGUACACUGUAUAGGCUAGAGGGUAGAUGUCAAAAAUCCUGUUUCUGGCUGUUUUACCAAUCCCUUCUACAACUUGAGCCAAGCAGGUUGGUUGGUUGUGCCUCAACUUCUGCCUUCAGAAGACUGGACUAAUGCUUACUUGCCAAGGUUGUUUAGAGGCCUAGUUUUGUUUGAGAUCUUCAGAUGAAAGAGACUGAAGUAAUGAAGUUACUAUUAAAAACAUAAUUUUGGGGGCUGCUUAUAGAAAUACAAACAUUGUGACCUUAAAGUUUUUCAUCUAAGAGCCAGUUUUGUAAUCACAUUUUUCAGGCUUAACUUCUAGCACGUGAGAACUAACGGUCAGUGGAACUGCACGCACGCAUCAAGAACGUUUCAAAGUGUUUGCAGUUUGAGGCCUAUGAUAUUUGCCAUUGAAAUGCUUUGUAUGGUUUGAGAUUUUUACAAAAUCAAUGGUGUUCAAAUGUAGCAACUUUUAAACAUUUGUCUUUAUUCCAACUUAAUACAAUAACACAUCUGCAUUAAAUAGAUCCCUUUCAUUUUAUAAAUAAACAUUACCUGGCAGUAAAAGUAUUGGUGUAGCAUUUUCAAAUAAGGAAGUCAUGCUUUUUAUCAUGUUGUAUGUGACUUAAAUGACUGUUUCAUAUUAAAACUAAUCUUUCCUUAUGUACUGCUUAAAUAUACCUGUUUUAGGAUAUCAGUUCAGUACUUUUUAUACAAUCUUGAAUGUGUUCCACAUUGGUGACAUGUAUUUUUGCAACAACUUUUUUGUUUCAAUUUUAAAUUAGAGCAUGUCUGAAGUAAUACAUGCAUUAGUGCUGUGGUGUGUGGCAAAGUUAAUGUAUGUAAUUCAAAUUGGAAAAAAGUUUCCAGACUUUGUCCAACGUUAACCCUGUGGCCAGGGAUUAAAUUACUAUGUAAUACAAAUUAUUUCAUAUCAUGAUGUGUUUUAAGCUACUCUAUGAAGUAUGUGAAACAUUAUUGUUUAUGGAUUGGUAGCUGGUGUGGUAUCUUGCAUAGAAUGAGGUAUGGUAGAUGGUAGCAAUUCAUGAUAAUUAAACUGACUACCUUUCAGAACACACAGCACUUAUGUGCAUUGUCAUCUUGUUGCCACAACUGUUAGAAUGAGUUUUGUAUUACUGUCCUCUGACAAAUGGGUGAACAUCUGGUCGUACGCUCAUGGGUGUGAAAAUUCUAACGCUCUUUACUUGGUUUACAAAACAUGCCAUUGUUUAUCUAUUGGAUGUGAUUAGAUGUAUGCAGGAGGAUGUAGAACUGGAUGUAUUUUAACGUUAUUCUGCAAUUACUAAGUUUUGUCUGAAGCUUUCUAUAUUAGAAUAGACUUCCUUAAAAUUGGAAAAUUAAGUGUACUUAGCAGAACUCUUGAGGCAAUAUAAUUAUCCUACAUUACAUCUUGAGUUAUGCACAUUCAUUUGUUUGCAUGGAACUCCUGAUUUUUUUGGGCUUAAAUUUUAUAUGGAAGUAAAGGAUCCCAUUAGUGCCCUAGUGUUGUGUGUCAUCAGUUCUGAGGUGAUGAAUUCUGAAUGGUGUUCAGCCCCUUAGAGGUGCUGCCUGUGGCUUAAAAGCAUUCAAUAUCGCCCUUAGCUUCCAGAUUCAGACAUGGCUUACCCCAGCAUCACAGGAAAUACCUAUUUUUGUAUUGUUUGCCAUACAUGAUUAAUUUUCCUUCUCAUGUUCAAACAAACUGGCUGAACCCCACCUUUUUACUAAAAGGGCUGUGCACUGUAAUUCAGGAAUUGCUGUAUUUGAGACAGUUUGGGAUUGGAGUCACGAGAGAUGUUGUGUCUAUUCCUAGGCAUUCAUCUUCUGAAAUUCCAUAUAGUUUAAGUAGGGCAAGCUUUUCGUAGAUUCUUUUAUUUUGUUGUUGUUCCUUUCUUGAUAGGUUUGUUGUUUUGUUUUUGUUGGGUUUUUUUUUUUCUGAAAUGUGAAAUAAUACAGAGUUGUUGAGGGAUUUUUUACUUAAAAGACAGUUUCUCCUCCAGGCUUUUAUAUAUGGCCUACAGAGCAGAUGCUGUGUUCUUAAGAGCCUUUUGACUUGGAAUUCUUUGUCCAUAUUCUCCUUUCAGUGUUAAAGAUGGGUUGAAAAAGGCAAGUUACCAAUCUACUGCCAUCCAAACAAUGCAAAGUAUAAGCUGAUUAAGACUGUUGACAUUUAAUUAUUUUUUUGGCUAAUAAUGAUGUGAUACCUUUUAGAAGAACAUGUAUCAGAAUCUGAUUCCAGCGUUCUUGGAUAAUGUAUAUGGUACAUUUUGUCCAACACUGUCUGUAACUUUGUUGCUUUCUGUUGUCUGUUUUCAGUUUCUUUUAAAAUAAAAGUAAUUUUUGUGGGGAA